AUGAGCCCUGCUAACUUUGGUUUCUCUCCUCUGGAAACAUCGAUUGGCGCUCUGCUUAUUCAAUUUGCGACUACAUCGCAUUUGAUUCAAGUGGGAAAAACAGUCGGUUUUUCUUCCCUGAUUGGAAACUUCAAUUUCAACAUCGACAACAGCUCGCUUAUCAUUGGGCUAUAUCUGUCUUACCAAUUCGUCAAGUCCUUGAUUCCCGAUUUCUUGCCUGCUCAAAACUCGGACAUCUCAAGGUCUUCUUACGUUGUUGCUGGUCUCUUAGUGGGAGUUGGUUCCAAUUUAGCUUCUGGCUGCACAUCUGGACACAUGCUAGCAGGUUUAUCCAGACUCCGUUUCAGAAGUGUAGUCGCAACGGCAUUAUUUUUUGUUGGUGGCAUCUUUUCCACCAGUCUUACCUCUGUCAAGAGUGGAUGCCAUAAUCAACUGGGUCAAACAAUCAACUGUUCUCAGUAUGAUACAUCCUUUGAAGCUUUUGAGCAAAACAAAGGUGCUUUGCUCUCGUUAGUCCUAACAGGAUUCGUGCUAACUUAUUUUCUUUUACCUCGUAUCAGUUCUUUUGUCAGAAACAAUGCUCUUUAUUCCACUGUUUUAAGAAUCGUUAGCGGUACCAUCACAGGGUUUUAUUUCGGUACGGGCUUAUUUAUCUCAGGUAUGGCAUCCUCAGACAAGGUUUUGAGAUUUUUGAGAGUUCUGGAUCCAAUCAGCUUUGAUCCUUCCCUGGCACUAAUUGUUGUGUUCGCUGUGAUUCCUAAUAUUUUUAUCUGGAGGCAUAUACUCAAACAGCCGAACUAUCCUGUUCUUAACGAUACAUGGGAACUGGCUAACUCCAAACAUCUAUCAAAAUCUUUGAUUAUCGGCUCAUUAACGUUUGGCCUUGGAUGGGGAGUUGUAGGAGCUUGUCCAGGCCCUGGUCUAUUGUCCUUUUUUGUUGGUAAACGUGAAUGGCUAGUUGGAUUUUUAAUAGGGUAUCGUACUACCAAGUUCUUGAAACCGUAUUUAUUUUGA